AUGGAAAAUACAACUAAAGAUGAUCCAUUUCUUUCACAUUUUGAAACACUGAUAGAUGAAGCACAAAUCAAUAAUAAAUCAUCUAAAACUAAAAUAGAUCUAUUUUCAUCAUCACUUGGUUCUUGUCAAUUCUCAGCAAUUUCAUCUGAUAAACCACCCAUACUACCAUGUCCAACAUCUACAAUUGAUUCAUUUUCAAUAAAAAAAUCUCUUUUGUCAAAUAUUGAAGCAUCAGGUAGUCAAUUAACACCAUUACAAUUCGAUUUUUUUUCAUUAAUUCAUAAUUAUUAUGAUGUUUAUUGUCCGAAUCGAACUAAUGUAAAUGAUGCUGGUGAACAAUUAAGAUUUGUUAUUUGUUUACAUUUAAUAAAUCAUGUAUUAAAAACACGUUCACGUAUAUUAUCACAUAACGCGAAAUUAAAAGAAAAUCCUGAUCUCGAUUAUCACGAUCAAGGUUUUACAAGACCUAAAGUUCUUAUUAUUGUACCAUUUCGUGAAAGUGUUCGACGUAUUAUAAAUUGUUUUGAAAAUCUUUUAUUAAAUAUGGAUGAUAGUGAAAAAAAUGAUCAAAUACAAAUAAGUCAUCGAAAAAGAUUUAAAGAAGAAUAUGGUGGUGAAGAAAUUGAUAAUGAAAAUAAUGAUGGCAAAUUUCAACGAACAUCUAAUGAAUAUAAUGAAAUAUUUGCUGGAAAUAUUGAUGAUCAUUUUCGAUUAGGUAAUUGUUAUAUGUUGUUUCUUUUUUGCGUAACAAAUUGA